UGUGUUUCAGCAUUUCUUUCCCAACCAUUAGAGAAAUAGGUGCAAAAGGUAUAGUCCUUUUAAAAUGAAAAGAAACUAGUUUAAAACAUGUUGCUUGCAAGCACUUGUUGAUUGUUUUGGAAGGUGUAGCGCAGCAAUGAGUAGUAGAUGAACCAAAGGCAUYCUAAGCACUCAAGUGGUAAGGGUCUUUUUUUUCCUUUAGGGAAAUAUACUGCAAUUCUCCUCAUUUAUCACCAGGUGGCCUUAAAUGUCUCUUAUUUUUUCCGAAGGGGGAAUAGUUUAAACACGAGGAAGUGAUGUAUCCCUGUGCUUGCUGCAAUCGUUCCAGGAAACAGUUAGGUUGUAGUUCCCAGCAAGGUUUAUUUUUCCGCCUCUGUCUUUUGUGUACAGAGCUGUAGCUAGUACUGAAAAAAAUAUUAAACUUUAAAAACUGCAGGUCUCCAUUUGAAUUGUGUCACUGAACUCUCCUAUUUUUAUUUCUUUUUUUUUUUCUUUUAAGAAUUUGGAUUAUCAAAAAUUCAUCAUGAUGAGCCUUUUUUUGCCUCUUUUACUUGUCUCUGUUCUGUUUAUGAGCAGCUUCUCAGGAGUGCAGGGAAAGAAAUGGAAAGGUGAAGGUACAACUCAAAAUCUGGAAAACAUUGUCAUUGGAAGAUGCUAUGAUUAUAUCAGAACUGUAAACCCUGCUGUUGGUGAGAAGAAUUGUUCACAGAUAUGGGAAGCAUUUAAARAUGCAUUUAUUAACAAGGAUCCUUGCAGCAUUUUACCUAAGGAUUAUGCAUUAUUUAUCAACCUGUCAUUGCACACGAUUCCACCUAACAAGUCUCUCUUUUGGGAAAAUAAUCAGCUACUAGUCAAUAGCUUUUCUGCCAGAGGACGUCGCUACAUGUCUCUGGGUGAYACUCUGUUUGGCUUCGUUGGAGAUUUUCUAAACUGGUGUGGUCAGGCAGACAGCCCUGGACUGGACUAUGAAUCCUGCCCUACCACGAUGGAAUGUGAAAACAAUGCAGUGGAAUCUUUCUGGAGGAUGGCCUCAAUCACAUAUGCACAGCAGAGCUCUGGGGUGAUACAUGUCUUGUUGAAUGGUUCUGCAGAUGGAGGAGCUUUUCCGCAGCCAGGUUUUUUUGCAGAUUACGAAAUACCAAAUUUCCAGAAAGGCAAUAUCUCCAAAAUUGUCAUUUGGGUUGUGGAUGAUAUUGAAGGACCAGAUAUAGAUUCCUGUGGAGCUCAUAGCGUAAAGACAUUAGAAACCAGGCUGAAAACCCUUGGUUAUGAUGUCACCUGCACUGACAAUUAYAMGUAAGUGAAAAUCCUUUAU